UAUAUCUGCUUGCUUGUCUGCCACAGAGUCACAGAGUAUAUUAUUAUUUGCUUGCUGCUAUCGCUUGUUUUAUACUUUGUUGUUUUUAUUGAAUCCCCCAUCUAAUAAAUCAGGAAUAUAUACAUAAUGAAUAUAGAAAGCACUGCAGUUAAUAUUUUAAAGCGUGGUGUCGAGUUAGAUACCAAAAAGAGAUAUACGGAGUCCCUUAUUUGUUACCAAGAAGGCCUUCAAAUAUUAGUGGAUAAAAUGAAAGGUGAACCAGAUGAAAACACUAGAAAUUAUUUGCGAAAAAAGAUUGAAGAAUACAUGAAUAGAGCAGAAGCAAUAAAAAAGCUAGUGUUACAGCAGAAAGAAAAUGGCCAGUUUCAUGAGCAAGUGCACAUAGAGAACAAUUCAUCUGGUCACAGUUAUAAAACACUAUUUGGUAGAUUUUUAGAUGAAGAUGUGCAGUUCAUAGUUGUUGAAGACCCAUACAUAAGAAGUUUUCAUCAGUGUCAAAAUUUCCUAAGGCUCUGUGAAUUAUCAGUACGUUCAUGCAGCAAUCUAAGGCAUAUUGAACUAGUUACAACAAAAGAUAACAAAUCGGAGAGUGACCAGAGGGAGUGGUUUAGCAAUUUGUCAAAUGAUCUGAUGAAAUAUAAAGUGAAACUAGUUGUGAAAUAUUCAGAAACAUUGCAUGAUAGGCAAAUUAUCCUGAGUUCUGGCUGGAUUAUAAAGAUUGGAAGGGGCCUUGAUUUCUAUAAAGCACCUGAAAAUAAAUUUUGUUUAGGAGUAUAUGAUAUGGACUUGAGACCGUGUCAUGAGACAACUGUAGAUAUAGUUCACUCUAAAAAUGUGAAGCAGUCAUAUGGAUGAUGCAAUUAUGUGACAAUAAAUUAAUUUUAAGCAAAUUUUUAUUAUAUUACUAGUAUUUUAUUAAAUUUUCGAAUUUUUACUGU